UCCCCUCCAUUUUAUCCAGGGUGAUAUGACUGCUCUUCUUACUAUGAGAAUAUAUGGAAAUUACAGCUGAAAAAACUGAUCACUGAAAUUUUUUGACCACAUAGCCCUUUGAUAGUCUGAUAUGAUCAGGAGUCCCUUUACUAUAAAAAUCUACAUAUGCCCAGAGAACUUUGCACAGAACUUCAAGAGGUUGUGAAACCCCUGAAAUCCAUCCAUGGACCCUAACAAUUCCUUAAUUGAGAGAUUUUCUUUUAUGAGUACAGGAUCAGGUGCAUACUUACUCAUCCCUGUAUCGCUAAGCUUCCUGGCACAGUAACUGACCUGCAGCAGGUUUUAAAAUACUUUGGCAAUAAAUAACUUACCAGGGGCUGUAUUGGUGCUCUCAUCCACAAGGGCUCUCCAUUGUACCAGUGGGAAACCUCUGAAACCCUCACUACACUACCUGGAAUCUGCUAUCUCUGGAGCUUAAUGCCUUCCUACCACUGCCUCUUGUCUGUGUUCAGGACAGAAGUCUCCCAGAACCAUGGGGAAGACUAGAAACAUCAACAGUGCAAGAUUGAACCCAGGACUUUGAGCAUGCGAGGCAGGCAGUUUACCAAUGAGCUAUAUCCCCAGCCUUUUUUAUGUUAUUCUGAGUUAGCAUCUCACCAGGUUGCCCAGACUGGCCUCAAACUUGUGAUCUUCCUGGCUCAGCCUCUCCACUCACUGAAAUUACAGCUUUUUGAAUUAUCGCUUCCUGUUGAAACAAGAGUUUAAUCUUUCAAUGAAGUAUAUAGCAAUGGAAUUGAAGCUGGUGGUUCUGGGGCAGAAGUGAAGGCUGGUGCCACCUGUGUGCCCUGGAGAAUCAGUAAGAUCAAGAGUGCAGCCUCUGGAGCCAGAUUGCCUGCAUUUCAGAUUGGUUCUGUCACCUAGGCCUCCCCUCUUAAAGGUUACACCACCUCCCAGUAGCACCAUCUGCCAGGGUACAAGCCUAUAACACAGGAGCCUUGGGGAACAUUUAAGAUUCAAACCAUAACAGUUGUCUUGGAUGGAGCCUCAUCAAGGAAGGUGAAAUGGCAAGUUUAAGCAGUUGUCAAGUAGCCAAACCAGGGCUUGAACAUGUCCUCUUUGUUUAAAAAAUCUCAUCAAAUCAAAUCAAAACAAAAACUGUUCUUUAAAUAACUUCUAUUAGGUAGAAUUCUUCAGUAAUGACAAAAAUAACAACUUUCUUCUUAACAUGCAAUGGAAAACACUGUUGGACUCAAUGAAUUUUUGAGUCAUAAUGACUAUAAUAAUAAUUAUAAUAAAAUUUCUACAAUAAAAUGUUUCCUCACAGUAUAGAAUGUUAAGAAAGAGGGAAAUGUUUAGUUGUUUGAUAUUUUUACUAUUUUGGAUAUAUGUGCUUUGCUGACAAGUUGAAAUUGAAACUUAAAGAUUACUUAGAGACUUUCUGAGGUAUGUGUUUGCAUGUGUGGUAUGUGUAUGUGCAUGUGGUGUGUGUAUGUAUGUGGUGUGUGUCUGUGUAUGUGUAGUGGGAAGAUGGUAGGCAACAUUUCUUUGAUAGAAAAUAUCCAGAAACACAGCUAGCAAAUUUUACCUAGUCUAUUAAGCAUUCUUAAGUCAAAACCUUUUUGUUUUAAAACAUGAAAAAUCAAGUUGGGCUUGUUUAACUGAAAAAGAAAUUUCUGGAAAAAUAUAGGGUAUUGUAUGGAUUCCAGGAAAAAUUUAGACAGUUAAUGCACAGAAACUUUGGAACCUCAAUAAUAAGAGUCCCCAGACUUUCUGUUUAGAGUUCUACCAUUAACACAGUCUGUAACAUAUCCCCAAUUUUUGUGUUGAGAGAGAGAAUAAGAUCAAACUAACCUACAUCAGGUAUCUGUACCUGAGCUGUGUUGAAGGGAAGAGUCAUGUGGUCUGAUCAUCUCUACCCUUGACCUUCUGCUUUCAGAUGCUCAUUGUGGUCACAGAUGCCAGAACUGCUAGAGAUGAUCUAUAUCAACUCCAUUUUUCAUAAUGAUGGAACACUGUGGGAAGUUAAGCAACACACUCAGGAGCAGAGAAUUGUGUCAGGAGCUCUAACCGCCUACACAGUGAAUAACUAGUGAAGAACUUGGUUUAGAGAAGAGAUUACUGAAGCACCAGAGUCAGAGACAUCCCUGCCACGCAGCUCACAGAUUUAUAACUCUGGCCAAAGGUUUCAAGGAGUACAGAUUUCUUCAAUCCAAAGUUCAUCUGUGUGUUCUCAGAAAUUAAAACAGUGCAUUUCUCCCUGCUGCUUUUUUGCCCCAGGAGCCCAGGAAGCAAGCAGGUGGAGUUCUCCAAGGACGUCUUACAGCUCUGGUGAUAAUGACUAACUCAAACAGGCUGGCGCUGCCUGGGGACUCUUAUGGGCUCUUGCUAUCGCUUUCUUUUUUCAAACUCAGAUAGUGUCAGCACAGACACAGGCAAUCCAGAUAGAGGACUGUGUCUGUUACAAUGUUUACAAGUUGGUGUCAGUGGAAAGAUCAUAACCCCAAGAUUUGAUGAAAACAUGCUUCUUGCCCAGACAAUUCAUGAUAAUGGUGCAACUGGAAAGUUCUUUUCAGAGAAAGAAUGAGUUAGAAAGAAACCAAGAGGGGCGGGCAGGGACAAGUGCUGGCACUAGGUCUUCCCAGACUUGCAACAUGAAGGAAUAUCACAAAAUUUCUGAUUUCAUAUCCACGAUGUUAAGUAAACUGGAAUCUUCAAUGGCUUCAUUACCCUGUCUUUUCUACCGCUCUUCCCAUGAGGACAGGCAACAGGGAAGGUGGGUGAAUGUCUUCAGGACCUACAGCUGUCACUGAGUAAUUUGCUUCUUAGCACCUUACAUAAAAAUGCCUGAAAAAAACAGAUAUCUCUCACCAGGGUGCCCAACAGGAGGAAUGUGGUUUGGAUAUCUGAAGUCCACUUGACAACACUAUUUGAAAAGCAUUUCACUGGAAGCCAAAAGAAUGAUGCUAAAUCCACUCUAGUGAGCAAUUUGGUGUAGAACACCCAUUUUGUAGUCCAGCCCCAAACUAGUAGAACACAUUGUCACAGUACAGUCUGAGGUACCAUAGGGUCAUGAGGCAGAGUCCAGGAAUGGGGUUGACCUUUGAAUUAUCUCAACUGGGAAGGAGUCAGUUGGCCUAUGGAAUACCUGAAAAUGAAACGCUGCUCCUCAGAGAUGGGAAACUGGCCUACCCACCAAACUGUGAUGAGAAAUUCUUGAUAAUGGAAAACCACAGUAAUGACAAUAAGUCUCAGUUCUUGAGAAGUUCACUGUCUAGUGGGGAAGCUGAUAAAAACUAACAACCCUAAAAAAUAAUAAGUGCUAUCAUAAGGGUAUGUCCAAGAGCUCUCAGAAGUUCCAAUCUAGUCAGACAGGGUCAGGGAAGACCACCACUAUAUCUGGUUAUAAAAAAUUGAAGUAAAACUGACUUAUCCUGUCUUGAAGUUGAAGCUGUCUUCCCAAUAAAUCACACUCUUCUUAAAACCAUUCCAAAGGACUUAGCUCUUCUCAUAAAAACUCUAGGUAUCUACCUGAAUCCUCAGAGAACAGAAGAAGGUUUAGAAAUGGCUUAAUGCUUAAACACAGAUUGGUGUCUUUGUUCUGUAAUUUUCAUUGUAUUUUACGAGUUACAACAUGAUAAUUCAUUGUAGGUAUACAAUUUGUAAUUAUCAAAUUAGGGUAAUUAACAUUCCCAUCUCUUUAAACAAUCACCAUUUUUGUCGGUAACAUCAAACUCCUUUCUUUUAGUUCUUUAUAAGAUUAUUAAAAAAUUGUUGUCAACUAUAGGGUGUCACUUUUUUUUUUUUUUUUGCCUAUGGUUCACUGCCUUGUCUGUUGAAUGAAUAUUUUUCUUUAAGAAGCCAGUUCUUUUCUGCCUUCCAAACUGAGCACCUGCUUGUCUUCAUAUUUUUCUAUGAGAUCUCCAUCUAACUAAACUUUUCCUUCAUGAGAUAUUAUUUCUUCCAGAAGACAAAAGCAUAAUUGCUUUAAAAAAUUUGUUUGGUUUACAUUAGGUAAGAUUUUACUUCACUUGAUGUUGACUGUCUUCCCCUUCCUGCUGUCUACACAGUUCAAGGUCUCCUGAACACCAGUGCUCAAGGGGCCUGAACCUGAGCGUUACAACCAAAAACCUAGGAAUUUAUUCCCUGGAAAGCUGUCUUGAGUUGAGGAGCUUAGAAUUAGAGAAUGGGCUCUAUCACCUGGUAAACAUUAGCAUGAAGAGCAUAGGCCCUCAAAGUAGACGAUAUCUCCUAGUACUCUGAUGAUGUCAGUAGCUUAUUUCAUUUUAUCACCAAAUAAUUUUCCAUUGUUAUAAGUCUACCAGGUUUUGUUGAUUGGCAUCUGGGUCAUUCCCACUUUUUGGCUAAUAUUAAUAAUGCUGCUACAAACAUUUGUGUACAAGUGUUUGUGUGUAUAUAAAUUUUCAUUUAUGUUUCUGGGUAGACAGCUAGGAGUGAAAUUUCUGGGUCAUAUGGUAAUUGUAUGUUUACCUCUUAAGAAUUGAGAGAAAAGAGACAAAAAUGAGAACUCUCUCCAAGAAAAUGUUAAAGACUGACAGUAAAAGGAAAUCAUGAUUAGAACUGAAAGGGGCUGUCUCCAGCCAGGCUGGUUUAAUUCUGAUAAUCUGGAUAUAAUCUGAAUACAAGGAAGACUUCCUAGACAGUCUUUAGAAAACAAAACUGCAAGUAAACACUCCUUUUAGUCAUAGCAUCCUAAGAUUUUUUUUUCUUAUUCAGACAGGAAGGUAGGCAUAUUUUCUAGUCUUUUAAGUUAUUUUUACAUGACAGGUCUCUGAAGCAUUUAGGGGGAAAUGGCAUGGAUAUCACUGCCUACAGUCAAAUCUGGAUCUUGUAAAGCUAUUCUCUCCAAUAUAACGACCACUAGUUGUAUGCAGCUUUUAAAAUUCAAUUAAUUAAAAGAAAAUUUAAAAUUCCAUUCUCAGUUGCACUAGCCAUAUUUCAUGUGCCCAAUAAACAUAUAUUUUUUGUGGCUACAGUAUUGAACAGUGCAGAUGAGAAUAUUUCCUUUAUCAUAGCAACUUCUAUCAGACAGCAUUGUUUUAGGUACCAUAUUCUGGGUUCACAGCAAGAAUAGUGGCAAAUAUCCCACAAUGCAUGGGACACUCUUUACAACAAUUGACCAUUCCCAAAUAUCAACAGUGUGAAGUUUGAGAAAUGCUGUCCUAAAACAAUGAUGUCCAAGUUGGAUCAGCUUUGAUCAGAAGAUCAAAAGAAUCAACUGAACAGGUUUUUAAAACCCAUAUGCCUCCAUCCUACCUCAAAGAGUCUGGUUAAGGAAUAUGAAGAAAACUUAGGGGUUUGAGUAUUCAGAAACUUUCCAAGUGAUUUUUAUGACUGGCUAGAUUCAAGAACUAUUGUGGUAAAGUGAACUGACUCUUAGCUCUCAACUCAGAGGAAAAUCACCUGGUAAACAUUAGCAGCACUCCCAGAAUAAGUUAAUGACUCCAAGGCCAUUACCUCGUCUGUUUAAUUUCUCCAAUUACCUAUCUCUCAAUUAAUAGGGUCAUUAAGCACUUAAGACUUGCAUUAAUUUCGCUCCUCUCUUUCAAUUCUUUCAUUCUGCAUAAAUCUAGUUUGCAAAUGAUUACAUCUUGUUAAAUAUUGUACCCUCUCUGUUUACAAACAGAGCAAAUGACCUGGAAAACGUUUGGCAGCUGUCUUUGUUCAUUGGUGUUUAGUGGGAAAUAGCUGAGCAAACAGAAACACCAGCCCUGUAGGUGGCAUGGCGAAAACAGAGUACAGUCCAUUCAUUUGUUACCGAAGUAGCUUAAGAGAGGUAAAUGGAAUUAGUUUUAAAUGUCUUGAAGUUGCAUACAUUAAGGUCAAUAUACAAUUCUCCUCAACUUAAAAGAGUGUUUAAAUGAACUAAUUUUAGAUUCUUUGUUUCUUUCCACUAUUACUCUGCAAUAAAUUUCAAAAAGGGAAUAUAUACCUUACUCUCAAGAUACUUACAAGUUACUAUUCUAUAGUAACAGGAAGGAGAGAUACAAGUCCCUAUAAGAACAUCUAUUGAACAUUUGAAGAGGAGAUAAAAAUUUGAGAGGAAGAGAUCCUUCUUCUGGGGGAGAUCUGGAAAUUUUCAUGAAGAUAGCAGGGUCUUUAGCUUCCUCUUCAUUCAUCCAGUAAAUGCUUGCUGGUGCCAACCUCAUGCCAGAUCCACCAUACCAGGAGCUGGGAAAAAGAGUUUGCUUCCUGCGUAUGUGGGAUCACCAUGAUGAGAAGAUGAACACUUCCAUCUCAUGCCUGAGGUAAUUCAUCUGGAUGCCAUUUAUGGUUGGGUUGCUUCCCAAAUAUUGAAGAAGAUAUCUAAGGAAGCCCCACCUGUAAAACAAAUUGAAUGACAACGAAGUGAGGAGAGUGAUCAGAGAAAGAGAGAGAUGAGGGUGGAACAUAAAAGGGCCAGCAUAAAAAAACCCCGAAUGUUCCAGGGGGAAUAUUUGUUGGUCUGGGAAGCAACUGCUGAAGCAAAGCACUACAAAUGGUGACAUGGGAAAGGGCAUCGGGAUGUGCAGAGGCAAAGAGGAGGCUGGAGGCCAGGGCUGAGGCCAUAUGGUUUAGACACAGUUGGGAAAGAACUUUCCAGGGGACAUGUGCCAGAAAAUGACACAAGGGAAGGCAGACUGGAACUUAGGGACAAAGGGACAAAGUUGAGGUGGAAGGCAGUGAGCGUGGAGUUGGUUGCUGACUGAGGGAGGGCUGUGUAGAGAAGGAGAUGGAGCUCGGAUGGCAGAAUGAAGUCUGGUUCUUGUAGAGGGAAAGAACUGGGACUCCCAGUAGAGGAUGGGAGGAGAAAAUCUGGGUGUGUGGGAUGUUUGAGCCUCUGGCUGUCUAGGAAGGAGGCCAUGCUGAACCAGGACCAGGACUCUGGAACCAGGAAAGAGAUUUCAGUGACACAGAAACAAGUUUUGCCUUUCCAUAAACCAUGUAAAAUUGUCCUGGAUACUACAUAUGGUCAUGUGUCUACCACAUUAUGUGAAAUCAUGUCAAUAAUCUUAUUUUUAAACAGUCAUGGACUAAUCUAUUAUAUGGUCCCAAACUCUUUUUGUUAGACCUGUGGAAUGUUUCUAGUGUAUGUUAUUAUAAUUAUGCUGCACUGGUUGUCCACAUGGCUAAAAUCUUUGCUUGAAGUCAGAAUAAUUUCCUUAAGAGAAAUUACUAGGCGUGUGAGAAGGGCGUGGGGAAGGGGAAGCCAGAACAAAGGGUGGAAACAAUGCAGAGACUGCAGAGAUGUACUUUUCAAUUUGCCCCAAUUAACACUCUGCCAUAAAGGUAUGAUGGUAUCUGCUUCCCCAUGUCUUCAUUGCAUAUGACACAUUUCCAUCAGUUUUAUUUCCCAGUGUUUCCCUCUACCCUCUCCUCCUGCCUUCUCUUAUCCCCUUUCUUUACCCUCAUGGCCUGUCUUUUAUUUUCAUGACAUCCCUUUUUUCUUUUUACUUUUUUACCCCUAGAUUUCACAUAUAAAGGAAACCAUGUAACACUUGUCAAAAUUUUUGAAUCUGACUUAUUUUGCUUAACAUGGUGCGCUCAAGUUCCACCCAUUUUCCUGCAAAUGGCAUAAUUUCAUUCUACUUUAUGGCUGGAUAAAAUUCCAUUGUGUAUGCAGACCACAUUUUCAUUACCCAUUCAUCUGUCAAGGGACACCUUGGCUACUGUGCUGAUAUUAAUUCUUUUGGGUCCAUACCAAGGAGUGGUAGAGCUGAAUCAUAACCCACAAACUCAUUAAUACUGGACAGUUUUUUGAAAGAAAAAUGAUGAAUUUGAAUUGCAUGAUAAAUAGAAAAGGGAUCCUCCUUUAAGAAGUGACAGGUCCAUUCCAGAUACCCAGACAUCUAGAGUCAGGGGCAUCACUACCUCAGUGCUGCCCUCUGGUGGUACCUAAAAAUGACAAAACAAAGUCAAGUCCUAAAGAGACUGAACACUUCAGUGUUAAUUUAUUUAGGGCUAGAGUUCUAGAAAGUGGGGUGUAAAAAAACAAAGAAAAAAUGUCUUUCUCUGAGAUAUUGGAGGAUAUGAGAACUACAGAAAGAUAUUUUUACCCACAGUUAGAGAAUGUGACAUGUGGUGAGCCGCUUCUGCCGUUUCUGCAGACUAUGGUCGCCAUUACAAGAUGGCGCUGGCUCCGCUGUGGUCUGUGACAAACAACUCCUUAUUUGGGAGAGUUGGCGCAUGGUUUUUCACCACCCUAUGAGAAAGCUCCACGUGGCAGCUUCGCAUUGGGGCUUGAGAUGCUUUAUUAAGGCUGGGAGGGGCAUCCGAGAGGGGAGAAGAAGAAAUAUCAAGGGCCUGAAUAAACUGCUGAAAGAAGAUUCCUGAGUUGCGUCUUCCUUGCGGGCAAGGGGUCACGACAAGUGGUGCCGAAACCCGGGAACCAGAACUUUCAGCAGUCAGGGGUGGUGCACCGGUUAGUCCCAGGUAAGUGGGAUCCGCGACCAAAGCGGGGUUAGUCCCAAUAAGUGGGAUCCGCGAUCAAAGCGGGGUUAGUCCCAGGUAAGUGGGAUCCGUGACCAAAGCGGGGCAGCUCCUCUGUAAAGAAAGAGAGAGCAUUACAUUUUAUUGCAGCUGCACUGUGUACUUUUGCUUUUGUUUUCUGUGUUUCUUUUGUUGUGUCAUUUCGCUUUUGUUUUUUGUGCUUCUUUUAUUGUUGUGUCAUGGGUGCCGCAUCUUCAAGUCCGCUUCUCCUGGCCCUAGAUGGCCUGUUACGUUCCAAGGGCCUGGAAGUGAAACAUAGUACUUUACAGAGAUUUUUACAGAAGAUAGAUAUCGCUGCACCAUGGUUUGCAUUUUUGGGCAGCCUUACUGUACCUAGUUGGGAUAAAUUAGGCAAAGAUCUUGACUUUGCUUCUGAGCAGGGCAUAUUAGAGGGUGGGGUGAUACCCCUUUGGAAAAUGGUCCGUAGUUGCCUUACAGAUGGCAGAUGUCAGGAAGCACUUACUAAAGGACAGGAAGUUCUAGAGCAAUUACAUGAGGAGAAAUCGGAGACGGCAGGAAGUGAGGUGCCUCAGGAGGAUGGGAGUGUGCGGAGCGUGAAACAGGGGAGGAGACGAUUGUAUCCAGAUCUCAGUGCGCUGCGCACACCCCCAUGUGAAAGUGGGUCAGAGGAAGAGGAGGAUGAGGAGGAAGAGCUCGGGAGGCUGUCUCGUCAGCUAGAGAGUUUAGCUAUAGGAGAAGGGAACAGAAAUAAACAGGGGCUCAAGAAAAGCGAUCCCCCGGAUCCACCGCCGUACGGUGGGGGUGUUUCGGGGAGAGCUUUCCAUGCCCAAACAUGGAGGGCUGUUAACGCUGAGAUGGGUCUUGCUUAUCCAGUUUUUCAGGAUGACAAUAGGGGAAGAUUCCAUGAACCCUUAGAUUUUAAAAUUGUGAAGACCCUGGCGGAGUCUGUGCGCACUUAUGGGGUGGAUGCCGCCUUCACACUAACUCAGGUGGAGAGUCUGUCUAGAUACUGCAUGACUCCCUCUGAUUGGGCUAGCCUUGUUCGGGCUUGUGUUUCCCCGGGUAAAUAUUUGGACUGGAGAGCAUUUAUGCUAGAGGGCGCAAUAGAGCAGGCCGCCCAAAACCAUGCGGCGGGACACCCCCAUUGGGACAAGGAUAUGCUUUUGGGGCAGGGUAGAUUUGCAAAUCAACAGACAGGAUUUCCUCUUGAGGCAUAUGAUCAAAUUAACAACAUUUGCAUUCGGGCAUGGAAGUAGCUUCCAAAUAGAGGAGAGGUGUCUGGUAAUUUGACCAAGAUUCUACAAGGCCCUACAGAACCCUUUUCAGAUUUUGUAGCAAGAAUGGUGGAUGCCGCUGGAAAGAUUUUUGGGGAUCCUGAUAGAGCCAUGCCCCUUAUCAAGCAAUUGGUCUUUGAGCAAUGCACCAAGGAAUGUAAAGCGGCAAUCACGCCUUAUAAAAAUAAGGGCAUAGAAGCAUGGAUGAAAGUGUGUAGAGAGAUUGGAGGACCUUUAACUAAUGCAGGUCUUGCAGCUGCUGUCCUUCGGAUUGCAAAAAGGGGGCAGUCCUGGUGCUGGAACAUGCUUCCAUUGUGGUCAACCCGGUCAUUUCAGACGUGAAUGUCCCAAAAAAGACAAUUUUACUGGACCUCCUCACGGUGGCCCUUCCAAUGGCCUUCGUCAACCAGGGCUGUGUCCAAAAUGUAAAAAGGGGAAGCAUUGGGCAAAAGAGUGUAGAUCAGUGAGGGACAUCCAUGGACAGCCUAUUUCAGCUGGGCAAAAAAACGGCCAAAGGGGCCCCCGACCCCAGGGCCCACAAAUAUAUGGGGCAUUGGAGAAUGUCACACCCGAACCCGAGACAUGGCCAUCUCUGCGCCAUCCCAUGAGACGCGGAGAGCCACUACAGGUGCCGCGGGAUUGGACCUCUGUUCCACCUCCAGACUCGUAUUAACACCUAAGAUGGGAGUCCAAUUGGUGGAAACUGAGUUCAAAGGGCCUUUACCACCUGGCACUGUAGGUUUGUUAAUUGGACGUGCAUCCUCUAUUUUACAAGGUCUUCAUGUCUUUCCCGGAGUCAUUAGCCCUGAUACUGUAGGGGCAGUAAAGGUUAUGGUGGAGGCUCCAAGGGGCAUUGUGUCUAUCUCCCCAGGGGAUCGGAUUGCUCAAUUACUAAUUUUGCCUAGCUUACAUAAUCACUUCCCUGCUGACUCAAGGUCACGGACGGGAAGUGAGAUUGGUACCACCGGAGGGAAUUGUGCCUAUUUGUCACUAGAUAUGAGCAAUCGCCCCACUUUGGAAUUAAGCAUAGAAGGUAAAUCUAUUGUGGGAUUGCUGGAUACAGGAGCAGACCGUAGUAUCAUAGCCCUUAAGGACUGGUCUAAGGGAUGGCCAGUGCAGACUUCUGAUCAAUCCCUGAGAGGACUUGGAUAUGCCCAAGCCCCUCAAAUCAGCUGUAGACAUCUAUCUUGGAAGGACCCGGAAGGACACAAUGGCACCUUUCAGCCUUAUGUACUUGAUUUACCUAUCUCUUUAUGGGGCCGUGAUCUGAUGAAAGACAUGGGGUUCACUCUUAGUAAUGACUAUUCCCCAGUGUCUCAACAAAUUAUGCAAAAUAUGGGGUAUAGGCCAGGUCUAGGACUAGGAAAACACCUACAGGGGCAUAGGCAUCCUGUGCAAGGUCAUCAACAGCUUAACAGAUUUGGUCUGGGUUUUUCCUAGGGGCCACUGGGGCUCAAAUACCCAUAACAUGGCUCACCGAGGAGCCUGUUUGGGUGCCUCAGUGGCCUCUUCCCUCGGUUAAAUUGGCAGCAGCCCAUGAUCUAGUCAAAGAACAACUUGACUUGGGUCACAUCCAACCUUCUACUUCUCCAUGGAAUACUCCCAUAUUUGUUAUUAAGAAAAAAUCAGGAAAGUGGCGCCUACUGCAUGAUCUACGAGCAGUUAAUGCUCAAAUGCAACUUAUGGGGCCCAUUCAAAGAGGGCUGCCUCUGCUCUCCUCUGUUCCUCAGGGCUGGCAUAUUAUUGCUAUUGACAUUAAAGACUGUUUCUUUUCUAUUCCUUUGCAUCCUAAAGACUCACAGCGUUUUGCCUUCACCCUUCCCUCGUGUAACCACGAGGAACCAGAUCAAAGGUUUGAGUGGGUAGUGUUGCCGCAGGGAAUGGCUAAUAGUCCCACGAUGUGCCAGAUGUAUGUGGGGAAGGCACUCGCACCUCUCAGACAUAAGUAUUCCUCCAUCAAGAUCAUUCAUUAUAUGGAUGAUGUGUUAUUGGCCGCUAAGUUAGAGCAGACAGUUAAUGAGGCCUAUAAAGAAUUAGUAAAGCUGUUAGCUCAAUAUGGGCUACAUAUCGCACCUGAAAAGGUUCAAACGGGGAAUUCUAUUGAGUAUUUGGGAGCGAUAAUUGGGUAUGACAAAUUAAAACCACAAAAAAUCACCAUAAGAACUCAGGAUCUCCAAACUCUAAAUGAUUUUCAAAAACUGCUGGGAGAUAUUAAUUGGAUAAAGGGAUAUUUGCAUAUUCCUAAUGGUGUGCUCCAGCCUUUGUAUGCUACCCUUAAGGGUGAUCCAGAUCUUGCUUCUCCUCGUAGCCUCACCAAAGAGGCUAGAGCGGCCCUUAUAACAGUAGAAGAAGCUAUAUAACAUGCUACUCUAUGCAGGCUCCAGAGUGAUAAACCUUUCCAGUUAUGUGUGCUUGCCACUAUGCGGCAGCCUACUGGAGUACUGUGGCAAGAUGGGCCUUUAAUAUGGAUCCACCCACAUGUAUCCCCAGGAAAAUCCUUAGAAUUCUAUCCUGAUGCUGUUGCAGCGUUAGCACUUAAAGGGAUUCAACAAAGCAUUCAAUUUUUCGGACAAUCACCUUCUUCUCUUAUUAUACCCUAUACUAAAGCUCAACUUAAUGUUUUGUGUGCUACUCUAGACAACUGGGCUAUUCUAUGUUGCUCGUUUCAAGGGGAUAUUGAUAAUCAUUACCCUUCCCAUCCAUUACUCCAUUUUGUUAAAGAACAUCCCAUCAUUUUCCCUAAGGUAACUUCACCCAAUCCAAUUCCGGGGGCUGUUAAUAUUUUUACUGAUGGUUCCAAGUCUGGAAUGGGAGCUUAUGUAAUUAAUGAUUCUCCCCCUGUUCAGCAUCAAUUUGCUCCUGGAAAUCCACAAUGGGUGGAACUGCAAAUUGUUAUUGAGGUUUUUAAACAGUGUUCUUUUCCUUUUAAUCUUAUUUCGGACUCCAUCUAUGUGGUACAAGCACUAAAAGUCCUGGAGGCCGUGGGAGCUAUUAGUAAUGCCCAUAAUGUAUCUGCUUACUUUAAUCAGCUUCAACAGCUUAUCUGUAGCCGCACUGCUCCUUUUUAUCCAAUGCACAUCCGGGCUCACACCUCUCUUCCUGGUCCAUUAUCACAGGGUAAUGCCUGUGCGGACUCAGCCACUAGAGGUCAGUUGAUAUGCUUGGCUUCCUCCUUAAAGGGGGCUAAAUUAUUUCACCAGAAUUUCCAUGUUAAUGCUUUAACGCUGCGCAGGCGUUUUUCCAUUUCAAGAGCGGAUGCUCGUCAGAUAGUAUUACAAUGUCCCCAUUGUGUCACAUUUCUUCAUCCCCCUAAUUAUGGAGUGAACCCACGGGGAUUGAAGCCAUUGGUUGUCUGGCAAAUGGAUGUGACACACAUACCUGACUUUGGUAACCUCAAGUAUGUGCAUGUUUCUGUUGAUACGUGCUCUGGAGUUAUUCAUGCUUCUGCUUUAUCGGGAGAAAAGGCACGUAAUGUUAUUACUCAUUGCCUAGAAGCAUGGGCAGCAUGGGGUGCUCCUGCAUCCCUUAAGACUGAUAAUGGACCUGCUUAUACUGGCAGACAAUUUACAUCCUUUUGUUCUACCAUGGGAGUGCAACUUACUCAUGGUCUGCCUUACAAUUCUCAAGGACAAGGCAUUGUUGAGCGUGCUCAUCGCACGUUAAAGGAAACUUUACAAAAACAAAAAGGGGGAAUAGGAGCUGAACACACUCCUAAAGAACGCCUGUCCUUAGCUCUCUUUACCAUUAAUUUUUUGAAUUUGGAUAUUCAUGGUCGCUCUGUGGCCGAUAGACAUGUGUCCCCUCAGCCCUCUGUGAUUGGCUAUGUUAAGUGGAAGGAUGCUCUUACAGGCCAAUGGAACGGCCCCGACCCCAUGCUGACAUGGGCGCGAGGAUCUGUAUGUGUUUUU